UUGGAUUUGAGUCGUCGUGGUAAACGGUUCUGAGGAAUAAAACACACGCAGUUCACCUCGUCACACGAGUUUGUCCCCGUGGGUUUAUGACUUACCAUUCCGGGCUGGUUAAAAACGAAUUCGUCGCGUGAAAAUUUGUAACCUACCGCUUGGUGUCGUUUUUCCCACCCUUUGCGGCGUGUUUGUGUGUGCGGUGUUUUAUUAGCGUGUUUUUCACCACCGCGGUGUUGUGUGUACACGCGUUUCGCAGCGGCGUUGUGGUUGUGUGAGUGCGCGCGAUAGAUCGUUUCGUGUGCGUUAGUGUGCGUAUCGCAUUUGACAGCGUAAAGUAACAGCAACAAUAAAAAAACACCGCGUUGCAUCUCCGAAGAGCGAGAAAGCGAAACACGAACUUCAUCUCCCGGAAGUGGAGAAACGAACCCGCCGUCAUCAACGCGAGCGAGUUUGUCAGGGGAAGGUACGGUGAGAGCGAGAGCGAACAGUUUCGUGUGCGCGCGCCAUUUCGUUGUGUAGCCGCGGUGCGAGAGUGGGUGAGCGAGCACGGUAAGUGCAGAGCGUGCGAGAGAGUACCGACAGUUCGUGGCACCAUCCGCUCAGCAAGCAGCAGAGGCAGCAGCCGCAGCAGCAGCAGGCAGCAGUAAAUUGUAAGCCACAGUAGUUAGCAGUUGUCGUCGAGUUCGCAGCCCAGCGUCGCCACACGGAAGCAGCCAGCCAGCCAGCAAAGCAGUGUGCAAAAAGGCAGAGCCUGUGUCUACAUUGUCAGCUAGUUUUUUUCGUGCAGCGCAACACCACCCCUUUUUAAACAGGAAAAGAUGGCCGAUCAACUUACGGAAGAACAGAUCGCUGAAUUCAAAGAAGCGUUCUCGCUGUUCGACAAGGACGGCGAUGGCACAAUCACGACCAAGGAAUUAGGCACCGUUAUGCGAUCGCUAGGUCAGAACCCCACAGAAGCAGAACUGCAAGACAUGAUCAACGAGGUCGACGCGGACGGUAACGGCACGAUCGACUUCCCCGAGUUUCUAACAAUGAUGGCUCGUAAAAUGAAGGACACGGAUAGUGAAGAGGAAAUCCGGGAGGCAUUCCGAGUCUUCGACAAGGACGGCAACGGUUUUAUUUCGGCAGCUGAGCUGCGCCACGUCAUGACUAAUCUGGGCGAGAAGCUAACAGACGAGGAAGUCGAUGAGAUGAUCCGUGAAGCCGAUAUAGAUGGCGAUGGCCAGGUUAAUUAUGAAGAAUUCGUAACAAUGAUGACAUCGAAGUGAGCUACAGGUCGAUACAUUGCGCCUUUCUAUUUGUUUAUUAAGAAGACUGUAGCCACGCGCAACAACAGCUGCGCAACGCUAUCGAUUUGGAUUUAAAAGGGAAGAACAUGAAGAUACAGCGUGGGAUAAUGGAGAGUGGAGACAAGCAAGAUGAUGAUUCGAAGAAAGGAAGGAAAAGAUGCAAAGCAGUAAAGAAGAAAAAGAAAAACAUGCAAGAGAGUAAAGCAAACGCUAAACAUUAAAUUAAACUUAAAAGCAUAACACAGAAAAAUACCAAACAAAAGAGCAAGAAAAUACAAGAAGAAACAGCAGUGAAAUCAUGAUGGAAAAAGCAGUGAAAAAAGCAUAGCAAUACAACAGCUUUGAAGAACAUCAACAGAAUUAAAAACAACAGCAACAACAACAACAGCUAUAUUUUAACAACUAUAACCGAAACGAAGCAACAGGAACAACAACAGCCAUAACCUAUAUUUAAACAUCUUCAAUCACCACUACUACCAUCACAAGAGACACAACACACCCUCUCUCUCCCACGCAGAUGAAAGAAAGAGAAAAAGGUAAAAUUCUCAUUUCCAAAAAAACCGAAAUCCUUAUUGCAAAAAAAAAAUAAUAAAAGAUAAACAAUGGAAAGGAACAAACAGUCGGCAGAGAAAAAAAGGCAAAACAUAUAACUUAAAAAAUUUUAAUUGUAACGACCACAAUUAUAAAUAAGAAGAUAAAUAAAAAUGGUAAAAGAAAGAAAAACAAAAAAAGGGCAUACAAUCAACUCCUAAUUGUAAUAAUGGCAAGGUGAAAAUCGAACCUUUAACUAUAUAUAUAAACAGCAGCUAUUUAACAAACUACACAAACCACAACAGCAAAAACACCGCGCAAUUCCACUCAAAAAAAAAGAAGAAAAUUCUAGCGUGUCCACUCUAUACUCUAUUACUACUACUAUUACUACUACUACUACUUCUACACGACACAUUCUAUACCACACUUUAAACUCUUCUGCAUCACCACAACCUCUCUUCGUGCAGCUUACAUUUGUUUCAUUAUUCAGCUAUAGAACAAGAGAGAGAGAGAGAGUGCGAGAAAACAGCAAGGAAAAAGGCAAGCGCAGGCUAUAUGGUUAGCAGGAAAAAGGCCAGAAUUAGCGAGAAAGCAACACCGGAAAACAAGUUAAAUUAAAUUAAAUUUAAACACUAUCCUUAAUCUAUUUGUGUACAUUUUUUUGUAAAAAUAAAAACAACUAAAAUCUACGAAAAUACCUUAUUGCAUUCAAGUUGAAACACUCAUUUUAGGGCAGUUUUUCAAACCGGGUAGAGUUGUGCGGUUAUGCCUUAUUUUCGGAAAAGAUCCUGCAGAAAGAAAAACGUUUGAAAAGUUUGUUGAAAGUUUUGUUUUGUUUUUGGCACACAGCACAGAAUAUAGCGAAAAGGGAGCUAGCCUCAGUUUAGAAUGAAUGAGAAGGACAGGAUAUUUAGACAGUUUUGUAAAUGACAUGUUGCAGAUUGUAGAUUUAUAAGUUUUAGUACUCUGUAGGGUCUACAACAGGGAUGACUUGCAGGAGGAUUUGCUUUACGUUUGCACCAGGGCCUUUUAUAUUGUUGGUUGUUGGUACAGAAAAGGACAUUUUUGUUUGCUUGGAAAGAAUAUUCCCUUUUGCGCAAGUAACAAAACAUUCCCACCCACAACACCAUUUGUCCCGCAUUUCCCGCUACCAACAAACGACACUACACUACGCAACACUUUUUUCGCUUAAAGACUUGGGACAUAUUUGAGGAGUUCAUCUGGUUAUGAGUAUUUCCGAAUUUGAAUCAUAUGUUUGCUAACGAGGUUUGGAAAAGAAUUGUGAAAACAAAAUGGUUGUUAAUGGUUUAUUUGAUUUUGGUUUCGGGAGAGUAUAAGUGAAGAUUGGUUGUAGUGCAGCGUACUAUUUUUUUGUUUUGUUAUAUGUCGUUGUAUAUAAUGUUAAUGAACCCAUUCUAACAUAAAACCCCGUUCGAUUAUUUUAGUGUGUGUGUGUGUGUCUCGCCAUUGCUGUGUGUGUGUAACACGAAGCACGAGUUUUUCAACAGUCGCAGUAGCAAAGCAGCAGCGGAAGCAGAGCAGCAGCCUUAGCAGCCGCAGCAGCAACGGCAACAGCAGCAGCAGCAGCGGCAAAACCGGCAGCAGCAACAGCAGCAGCAGCAGCAGCGCAAGACCAGCAGCUUAUCUUUAUCGUUAACAUCGCGCAGUAAAUAGAGUCGAUUGAUAUCUCUCUUUGUCGCAAACGUGUGGCAACAUUAGCAACAUUACUUGCGUGUAGCAUACGUAAAACCAUCCAAUACAACAACGCCUCCUGAAGGUUGGCAAAUUUUGCUUUGCAAAGGAAUUAAAGAAAAGAGAAGGGAGAAACUCUCUUCUCUGCCUAUAAGGGUUGCCAUUGUAGUGUGCUGUGUGGCAGCAGAUAGGAUCUUAACGAUUGCGCAAAUCCAUUCACUUUAUAGCAACGACGUAUUCAACACACGCCACUCUCUUCUACGCCGUGUAGCGCCAAGUUUGCGAAACUAAACAGCGAGUACUACGCUAUAACGAUAGCCGGUUCGAAAAAAAGAGGGUUUGCUUUAAGAUUUAAUAAGAAGAAUGUUAGUUAACACCCGUCGAUAAAGGAUGCAGAUAAAUACCGUGUCAGUUGGAACAAUUGGAAUGAGUAGAAAUGAGUAGAACAAAAUGAAAAAAAAAAAUGGCACAACAUAACAUCAGUGUAAUCGUAGCGAAACAAAGAGAAGAGAACCCCGCAAAGGAGAGGGGAUAGUAAAUGCAGUAAAACAACACAAAAAAAAACAUUAUUGAUAAAAAUAAGAGCUUUUCACUAAACGAACCUACUACCAAGCAGAAACGUAAGCGAAAGAGAGAAUGUAUUUAAAAAAAACCCCGUUUAUGAUGAAAACCACACGUACAUAAAGAGCAAACACGAACAAUACAAUCACAAAAACACAAAAAAAAACCUUACACACACCUGUUACAAUGCAGCGUUUGCGUAACGAUUACACAUAAAAACCCACAUGAAACGGUUCCCGUGCGUGCGAGAGCAAAAAGCAACACAAACAAAGCAGAAGAAGAAAACAAACAUGUAAAACCGCGAAAUCCAAAUGAAAGAUAUUUUCUUCCUUUUCUUCCUUUCUUUCUUUCGUCGUCGUUGUCGCGUUUGUUAGUUGAGGAAAUAUUUGAAAUGCAAAAACCUUACGAAUAAAAACAAAUAACACAACAAAAAAAACAAACAAACAUAUAUAACUGCUAUACAAGAAGAAGAAAACUUGCACACAUACAGUACAUACACAGACAAACAUACACAAACACUUACCAAUACACGCAUAUACAAACACACAUGGAAUGCAAUUGGGGAGAGUGCGCAAGGAAACAUUUGAUAGAGCAAAACAGCAUAAGAAAACAAAGCAAAUAAAAAGUAAGGCGAGCAGCAGAACGCAGUAAGUAAUUGUUGUGUUUGGUAAAUUAUUGCACGAAUAGAACGCAGCGCAAAUGCAAAGCCAGGCGUGAGCAAGCAGCAAUGGAAAGCAAACAAAAGAAAAAAAAAAUCGCGUGUGGGGUUUGUAGCAUUAACCGAAAGUAAGAAGCAAACAAAACAAAAAAGAAACAACAAAGUAAGUUAAAAAUACACUAAUAGAUAAUACAACAAGCAAAAAGCGAAGAGAGUUACAGAGAAAGAAGCGUAAAAAAAACAAAGAAGAGAUAACGAAGAUAUAUUAAUUAAAAAUAUAUAUACCUAUAUAUAUAUAUAUAUAUACACACAAAACACCCAUUUGAACUCAGUAAUCCCCACCAUCGCUACCACACCAAAGGCGUUGUAAUUCCACCACCAAACCACCCACUCAACACCAUCACCGUGCGUGCGUGCGAGUGUGCGUGUGUGCGUGUUUGUGUAUGUGCGUAUGCAUAUAUUAGUGUGUGCAUCCCGUACGUAAAGUGCUUCAUCGCGUUGCGUACAGGCGCGCGCCUCCGAGCACGUGUUAGUAUAUGAUUAGUUUGUGCAGUUGAAAGUAAAAGCAACUAACUCUCUAAGCAUUACACAGACAGAAGAAGAAACCGAAACAAAAUCCAACAUUCAGAGAGAGAGAGAGAGAUAGAAAGAGAGAGAAGGGCUAAGGAAGAGGUGUGUGUUUAGAAGUCGUCAAGCAAAGAAGGGAACAGGUAUGUUGUUGGGAAGGCGAAUGGAGGGCGAAAGGAUGAAGGAGAAGUUUUGCAUAUUUGGGUGAGUGGAGCAAAGGACGGUGUGGGAAGAGGAAGAGUGUUGAGUAGCGAAGGAAGAGAAGAGGUAACAAUAUAAUAAUUAAUAAACAGCUGAAGAGCACUCUCUACUACUACUCGUUGCGUAGUUUUGUUUUUAAAUUGUCCCUUUUUGCUUUUGUAUAUCGUUAGACUUUCUUUUGUUUGAUACCUUUAAUAACGUGAUGUAUCUUCCCUUGCGUGAAAGAAGUUAACGAGCACCUACAUCGAGAAGCCGUGUUGUUUGCGCCUCUCUUGCCUAGUUCCUUGCCUCCUCUUGCAUUGUGUUCUGUGUCUUGUUGAAAGGGUUAGUACCAUAAAUUGUGGAUUCGCUUACUAUCGCUACAAUUACUAUAAACAAAAAUCCCCCACACAUACACACACUCUCAUACAAGCCCACUCUGCUAUUCCAGUCCUUUUUCCAAGUAUAAAAAGUUUGUCCUUUUUAGAAAAAAAGCGAAACUGUUAGUGCUCUACCAGUGGCAGUUGUUCACCACUCAACUGGAAGUAAGCAAGGUAUAAACAAACGCCAACACUUAGUAAAGCCGCAAACAAAACAUGUUCAUGAAAGUAAUAAAAUAAAACAAAACUACUAGCAAACAAACACACACACUCGGAACACACAGCUUCUUCUCAUCGUACGAGGAAAGAUUUCAAAGAGGCAAAAUGAAGGUAUAAAACCCCGAAUCAUCAAAUCGACGGCUUGGCUACAGUUGCAACUUUAUAUAUUUUAGAAACUAGUCAGAAACUAACUUUCUGUGCGCGAAACUGUUUUGUGGUGCGUAAGGCAUUCCAAUUUGGGAAUUUUGGACGUUUGGACGAAAAGUGUAAGCACGUACAGAGGGAGAGAGAGAGAGAAAGAGAAAAACAGAAAUACACACAAUCCAGCUCGUAACUUAAUCACUUGGAUGAUCGUUUAGAGGAUAAAACUACAGUGACUUGUACGAAUACGAAAACUAAACAUGAACAAAGAAUAAAAGAAAGCAAAACAAAAAAAGAGAUAAAAUGGUACCAAUUCAACAUGGAAACAAACUACUCUCCCUGUACUUCCUUUCUUAUGCAAUUUGAACGAUUAAACGAAUAUCUUUUAAGUGUUAUAAACCGGAAUCAAAUCAAACAAAGAUGUAGAAAAUAGUUGACAGCAACACUAUUUUGUUUUCGUUAAAUAUCAUUUAAACCCAAAUCAAAUUUAAAGACAAACGAACAAAGGAGGAAUAGGAGAACAAACGAGGAAACAAAAAGACAAAAGCCCAAAACCACAUAACGAAACAAACAUUUUGUUGUGUUUUCUUUAAGACUAACGUCUAUUGUCAGAUUUAGUGCUGUGAAACUCUGUACAUUUGUGUUUAUCCUUGGGAGUAAAGUUUUUUUUCUUUGGUGAACACUA